AUGGUAAGUGCUUAUAGUUCUGUAUUCCAUAUCAAUAACAACUCAGCCAAUGACUCUACUGAUAAUUUGAAUGAAGUCAAUCGCUCUCUGGAAAAAAGUGAUAUGCUGGAGAAGUUGAUGCCACCACCUAAAUUUGAACAUAGAGACAAUGAAUUAGGCUACGGAAGCGCUGAUGGAACAAAAAAUAGUAGAAACAAUGGGAAUGGGGCUGGGGCUAGCGUUGGUGGUAGAGCACAUUCUAGAUCGUUGUCCUUUUCGAGAUUGUUUUUCAAUAAUAAAGAUUCUGACUCUCAUAUAGGUGAUUCUGUAUCAAAGGAAGAAGAGUAUCCUGAUGAGAAUAAAAGACUGCCAGGAUUGGCUAAAUUGAAGAACUUGUUCAGAUUUUCGCCUAGUCCUAGACCUAAUUCGUUGGAUCUCUCCAACGUCGAUGGUUCCACCACUUUACCCACACCAUUAAGUGAACCCAUCAAAGAAGAGAGUAAUACGACUACUCUGAAGAAGCCUUCGCAAGAUGAUGCAAACAAAAGUGCUACCACCACGCCCAAGCAAGAGCAAAAUCCAAAGAUGAAAUUUCUAUUGGGAAGAAAGCGGUCUGUAUCUAGUCCUAUAAAUAUUAGAUCGAACAUGAAUACUACCCCAGGCUCCCCUCAAAAAACUCCAAAGUAUUCCGGAAGGUCAAACAUACCGAAGAUUACGGCACAGCAAGUCACAAAUGAUAGUCCGGUUGUUUCAUCCAAUUUAUAUUUUGCUCACCAAGGUUUACCUCCUCAUUUCAAAGGUGAUCACUUACAAAAUAACGUUUCUGCAAAUGAUGAAUUAUCAGUUUCCUUGCGUCACAAUGAUUCGGUUCUUUCUUUUAAUGAAAACGCAUCGUUGAAGCCUCCAAGAGCAUGCUACAGCAAGUUUUCUAGUAGUGAUGAAUCUAUCUCAGAGAACGAAAUUAUCGAGGAAGAAAAUACAUACUCCCCCCGUAUAUCCAAAUCUACAUCUCCUGGUGAUUUUAAGAAAGGGAGCUUGGAGCCACCAAAGGUCGACUUAGAGAGCUCACAGCAAAAUCUUAUUCGACCACCUCCGUCACCGCUACAGAGGACUAUAAGAAGGGUUGCAUCUGCUCCGUUGGUCCAUAUGCUUUUAAAUGACUCAGGUACGAAGCUUGGUCUGUCGCAAGUAGCCAGUGUGAGUAAUGAACCGCGUGAAUUUGACUUAAAUGAGCAUAUUGGUGAAUUGAAGAUAACAAGUAGACCAAGGACAAAUACUCAAGGAAGGAUGUACUCUAAUGCUUCUACUAAAAUAUUGGAUGCUCAGGUCGAUGAAACAUGCUUUGAUAAAAUGAGACUUUUGGGAAAAGGAGAUGUUGGUAAGGUAUAUUUAGUAAAGGAAAAAAUUUCGAAUAAAUUGUACGCAAUGAAGGUUUUGAACAAGAAAGAAAUGAUCGAAAGAAACAAGAUAAAGAGAGCAUUAGCGGAGCAGGAAAUUUUAGCUACAAGCAAUCAUCCCUUCAUUGUGACCUUGUAUCAUUCAUUUCAAUCAAAUGACUAUUUAUUUCUUUGCAUGGAAUAUUGUAUGGGCGGUGAGUUCUUCAGAGCUCUACAAACUAGAGAGACAAGAUCAAUUUCAGAAACUGAUGCAAAGUUCUAUGCAGCUGAGGUGACUGCUGCUUUGGAAUAUUUGCAUAUGAUGGGAUUCAUAUAUAGAGAUUUAAAGCCGGAAAAUAUACUAUUGCAUCAAUCAGGACAUAUUAUGUUGAGCGAUUUCGAUUUGUCAAAACAGUCUGAAAGUAACAAAAACCCCGAGAUUUUUUUCAACAGAUCUACACAUGGAUUAGCAGCAGGCGGUAAUGGGCCGACGCUUGAUACAAAGGUUUGUAUCGAUGGUUUCAGAACUAAUUCAUUCGUUGGGACGGAAGAAUAUAUUGCUCCUGAAGUAAUAAGAGGUAAAGGGCAUACGAGUGCGGUGGAUUGGUGGACAUUAGGUAUCUUUAUAUUCGAAAUGUUGUAUGGAACUACUCCUUUCAAAGGAAAAGAUAGGAAAAAAACGUUUGCCAACAUUUUGAAGAAGGAUUUAAAAUUUCCGGACUCUCAACCAGUGACAUCCCAAUGUAAAAAUUUGAUUAAGAAAUUAUUGAUAAAGGACGAAGCCAAAAGAUUAGGCUCGAAAACAGGAGCUUCAGAUAUAAAAAACCAUGCAUUUUUUAAGAAUACACAGUGGGCAUUAUUAAGGCACCAAAAGCCACCGAUGAUUCCUGUCCUUAAAAAGGCUCAAAAGCAAGAAAGACACGUUGGAACAGAAAGCGAUGACCUCCAAUCUGCCACUACAACAACUCCCUCGAAUGACCAGCCCAAGAAAGUAGAUGGUAUUGACCCUUUUGCUAGUUUCAGUUCAGUCACGCUACAUUACAACGAAGAUUCAUGUCCAUCUAAUGAUCAGUCUAUGAUAUACAGUGCCGACAACUCUAUCUACACCAGUGUUUCUUAUACUAUGACGAACAAUGGUUCUUCAACGCAUAAACAAAAGAGCUUUUUAAAAAGAUAA